AUGACCUUUGGCAACGCAACGCACGGCAUGCUGAGGGCGACCAGCCCUGACUACCAGUGGCUCAUCACAAAGCUCGACAAGGACCGCUGGCGGAGGGACACCGUGUUUGCCGCGGAUGGACCGUUUGGAGGCGCACGCGUGAGCUACAUCCUGACGCGCGUCCUGCGGGUCCACGCCACCGAUAACGUGUGCCUGCGGCGUUGCGGCGCCUGGGCACCAGAGCUCACGUGCCAGGUGCCGCAGCUCUGCGACACGUGGUGCGAGCUCUCGGGCACCUGGCGACGACUCCGAUAG